AUGUCUCUUUUCCAGCAGCUAAACAGCGAAGUUGUCAAAGUUGACUUUGGAAGUGUGAAGAAGAAUGGAACAUCGCGUAUGGAUAAUGUUGUUGUUGGAAAAGGAAAGAAGGGAGGUCUUCAUUUGCAAAAGGAGACGCGACUAUGCACGAUUCAUUGCAAAGAUGGUGAAGAGAUAGUAGUAAGAGCAGGUGUUAAAGGUGGUUUGGCUGAGGUGAACGAUCGACUGGUGGACAAUCCUGACCUUGUAAGGACUGCACCAGAAAACCAGGGUUACAUUGCUAUUAUCACGUAUGGUGCUGGCAAAAGAACACCCGAUGAGUUUACGGAGGAGUUACCGCCGAA